CGUCCAUGCUUGGCGACAUAAGUUUCGAUGAGGCUAUCAAGAUUGGUGACAGCAAACUCAAGUGGCCUCGACGACACCAGCUGACACGCCACAUCCUGCCAAAAUUCGAAAAAGAAAUUCGUGAGAAAAUACAGAUCUUGUUGUCUACUACCACAGCUGUAUCACUGAACGUGGAUUUGUGGACGAGCAAGAGAUGCCAUGGCUAUAUGGGUGUAACUGUUUCGUUUAUCGAUGAAAAAUUUCGCCUGCGAAAUUUCGUGUUGGGAUGUCCGCGUUUUAAAGAGUCGCACACUGCAGAGAAUAUUUUUCAACUAGCUACCGUCUUGAUACUCGACUACAACUUGAAGGAUGUCCUGCAUUAUGUUGGGCUUGACAACGGCCGAAAUUUUGUAAAUGCUUUUGACGACUGGAUGCCAAGCCUUUUUCCCGCGGAGUUUUUGCGCAAACCGGAUGCGGAAGAUGAACACGUUGUCGAUGAGGACGGAUUUAAUGACUGCGUGGAAUCCGUAGAAAACGAUGAUGAAAGAGCGGAGGAAAGCGACCUUGAUUUUGAUUCCCAGCGCACAGAGCAAGCGUUUCAAAAAAUCCGUGACACAUACUGCCGGAUUCCCGAUAGAAACAUUGUGGUCCGGUGCGCGGCGCACACCUUAUCUUUGGCCAUUGGUAGCGCAAUGGCAGAUGCGCAGGUUAUCAACCAAGUUAUUGAAGGUCUUGCUGGGAUCGUUAACCGUGUUAAGCAUUCGCAGUCGGAGACAACCAUUCUGGAGGAAGCGUUCAAGAAAACCUUUGUCAGCCGCAAUCAGACCAGAUGGAACUCGAACUUUUUAAUGGCCAAGCGGGCAGCGGAAUUUGAUUGGGAAAGAUGUGGACUCUCAGAAAAAUAUUUUGAAACCUGCGCACCGCCUUGUAUUGCAAGCGUUUGUAAAUCUUAUGGAAGUUUUCAAUGCAUCGUUUAAGAUUCUGCAGACGGCUGACUAUCCUGUAAUUGGAGACGUUAUUCCUAUUUUAUGUGGACUUCGCAGGCAUAUCAAAACAUGCCAAAAGAAUAUAGACUUCGUGUUAUUGCAAGAUUUUAUGAAAGGCUUGCUGAAACAACUAGACGAAAGAUUUGGUGCUGUGGAAAAAGACAACCUGUACCUUGCCGCUGCUUUUCUGGAUCCCAAAUAUAAGCUUCUGUGGUGUAAUAGUUUUGGACCUGAGAAAUCUGCUGAGAUGGUUCUCAAAAUCAAGGCGCUCAUGCUGGGCAUGAUGCAAGAAGUUGGCUGCGGUCAAGACGUGCAGUUUAAAGAAAGCAAGAAUAGUUUUGUCGGUCCGGAUUUCCUGAACUUUUUAUACAGAGGACAAAGUAGCUUGUCGAUGCGACAGGACAGCGGAAGUGACAAAGCUGCAACGUGCGAAACUGAACUAGAGAUGUAUAUUGCCU